AUGUUCCUGCACUACAUAGUGACAACGGGCGGCGCCAUGGACAUCAGCUGCAAGAUUGUGGCGCCAGACAUGAGCAUUGUCUGGGAUGCCGAUCGCAGCACGGAGAACCGUGUCCUCUUCAAGUCCCGCAUGCCCGGCUCAUACGCCUUCUGCUUUAGCAAUCGUAUGAGUACGGUGACCGAAAAGGUGGUCUCGUUCUCCGUGAUGGUAGGAAAUGGAAACGCCGAGGACGUGAUGAGGCCAAAGGGGGCAAAGUCAGACUCGCUUCAUCGCUCCAUCAUGCGCCUGCAGCAGGGGUUGCGGGAGAUCGAGGAGCUUCAGCAGGUCCUGCGCACCCGUGAGCGUACCCAUCGCGCCACCACCGAAGUUGCGAACACGCGGGUGGUGGUCUUCUGCAUCCUGGAGAGCAUUUUCAUUGUUGGUAUGGGUGUCGGAAGCGUCAUUUAUCUGCGCCAGAUAUUUGCGACGAAGCGCAUGGUGUAA